AUGGCUACUCAACCUAUCUUAAAACAUGGGUGUUGUUGGCGAGUUGGAGAUGGGGCUUCCAUACAGGUCACCAAGGAUAAAUGGAUACUUAAUCACCCAACAAAUAAGGUUCUUUACCCACCAUUGGAGGAGGUGUGGGAAUGGCGAGUGGCUGAUCUUAUUGAUUGGAGGAGCCAGUUAUGGGACUGGGAGUUUAUUGAAGCUAAUUUUCAUAUGGAGGAUGCCAAAACCAUUUUAAGCAUGCCAUUGAGCCAUAGAAAUGCAGCUGAUUUGCUCAUGUGGUUGCAUUCAAAAAAUGGAGAAUAUACUGUGAGAUCGGGGUAUCACAUUGCUAGACGAAUAGCAAGACAAGAGGCUGGUAUGGAGGAGAGCUAUAGGGAAGUAUAUGGAAGCUUGUGCGGGGUGGCGCAAGAUGUAUGGGCUAGGAGUUUAAGGAGGUUGCAGAAAGCUAGAAUCGGGCAAAUGGACUUCAUGCAGCUGGUGGUGGAGGUCAUUAUUAAUCUGCCUAGUGAAGAGCAAGAGUUAUUUUGGGUUCAGUGUUGGGUAAUAUGGAACCAACGUAACUCGGUGCUGCAUGGAGGAUCAGUGUAUAAACUUAACUUCGAUGUGGCAAUAUUUGAUGGUACAAGAUCAUUAGGUGUGGGUGUUAUUGUGAGGAAUAGCUUGGGAGAAGUGAUGGCUAGCCUGUCAGCUCGUGGCCCGACAGUGGCAAACAAUGAAGAAGCAGAAGCGUUAGCAUGUCGGAAAGUGGUUGAGUUUGCCAUGGAUGCGGGGUUCAUGGACCUAGUGAUCGAGGGGGAUAAUGCAGUGGUAAUGAAGGCUAUUGCUUCUCUACGGUUGGACAGAUCACGACUAGGACACAUAUACGACAAUAUUCGCACGCUAGCUGUUGGGUUUAGAAGCUGUACUAUUGGGUGUGUUAAUAAAAGUGCCAACUCCGUGGCUCAAAGCCUUACACGUUUUGCUAGUCACUUAGAUGAUGAACUUGUAUGGCUUGAGGAAUCCCCACCCCCAGCCCUUGAAGCCUUGUACUUGGAUGCCAGUUUUUUGAAUGAUGAAUGA